AUGAAGAACGGUAUGGCUGAGUGUAGUGUAUGUCGUUCAAGGUUGGUUUCUCCAAGUAGCAAAGCUAUAGCGAGGGCUUAUGAAUAUGACAAGCUCAAGAUUAGAGUGUCUUCAAAACAAAGAGCUCUCAAUGUCUUUUUGGUAGUUGGAGACUGCAUGCUUGUUGGUCUACAGCCUGUGUUAGUGUACAUGUCUAAAGUGGAUGGAAAGUUCAACUUCAGUCCUAUUAGUGUCAACUUCUUGACAGAAAUCGCAAAAAUUAUUUUUGCAAUUGUCAUGCUUUUGAUCCAGGCCAGGCACCAGAAAGUUGGAGAGAAACCUCUACUAUCUGUUUCCACGUUUGUCCAGGCAGCUCGGAACAAUGUGCUUCUCGCUGUUCCAGCAGGAUUGUAUGCCAUUAAUAACUAUCUUAAGUUCACAAUGCAGCUAUAUUUCAAUCCUGCUACUGUGAAGAUGCUCAGCAAUCUAAAGGUUCUGGUGAUUGCUGUACUACUGAAGAUGAUAAUGAAGCGACGGUUUUCCAUCAUACAGUGGGAAGCACUUGCUCUGUUGCUUAUUGGGAUUAGUGUAAAUCAGCUGCGUUCUCUUCCCGAAGGUGCUACUACUAUGGCUGUCCCAAUUGCUACGGGUGCAUACAUCUGUACCUUUAUCUUUGUUACUGUCCCAUCUUUAGCAUCUGUCUACAACGAGUAUGCUCUAAAGAGCCAGUAUGACACAAGCAUUUAUCUUCAGAACUUAUUUCUCUAUGGUUAUGGUGCGAUAUUCAACUUCCUCGGAAUACUAGGAACUGUUAUAUAUAAAGGUCCUGGCAGUUUUGACAUCCUACAAGGACAUUCUAGGGCUACCGUGUUUCUGAUACUGAACAACGCAGCACAAGGGAUUCUAUCCUCCUUUUUCUUCAAAUAUGCAGAUACAAUCUUGAAGAAAUAUUCGUCCACGGUUGCCACAAUUUUUACUGGCAUAGCAUCUGCAGCACUCUUUGGACAUGUAUUAACCAUGAAUUUUCUUCUGGGGAUUUCGAUAGUUUUCAUUUCAAUGCACCAGUUCUUUUCACCCCUUGCAAAAGCCAGAGAUGAGCAACAGAACGGGACCGUAGAAUUAGUUAACACUAAGGAUGAUCAUAGGGCUAAAGACUCAUUCAUUAACAUGGCAGCAGGAGCAAAUGAAGAGGCUACUCACCGUGUUGUAUCAGAUGAGAGAGAGCCGCUUCUUCCCCGAUAA